CUCCUCCACCUGCGUCCAAAAGUCUACUCCGACCCCAAAGAAAUCCAAACGAACGAACCUACCUCAUCCGAACCUUCGUAUUCUCGUCAGAGGAUCCCCGCCAUUCCUCCUACGACAAUCGCAUACACCGCUUCACCAUGGCCGACUUUAUGGUCAACCUUUGGGACGCCGUCUUCACACCCGGCGCCACUCCUACUCUCCUCUUAGCCACCAACAUCACCUUUGCUGCCCUCCAGCUCACCCUUGCCGCCCUUCUCGCCCUCACCUACAGCAUCCACUUUGUCAUUCUCAGUACCUUGUGCGCCGGUCUCUGGUGGGCCAUCAACUGGUUUGCCUACGAGUUGCAGCAGGCUCAGCAAAAGGAGGCAGAGGCAGAGCGCAUCAGAAAGUCUAGAUCAGGAGGCAGCACGCCAAAGAAGCCCGUCUCACAGCCUGGCGACGUCGCCGACGACGAGGCCACCGAGACCGAGGUAGAGACUGCUCCCGGUGUUAAGGUCAAGGUCUCACACGCCGAACUCGACUUCCAGCCCUCCGCAAAAGACGAACAGAUCAAAUCACAAAUUCUCGACGAGGUUAAGAGUGUCUCGGCUUCCACGACUACGGCUGGUACGACUGGUCUGCAGCCUUCGGAAGGUGAGAGCAGAUACCGCAAGGCUCCCAGCGAUCUGAGUGCCUCCUCCAACGACUUUGGCACCGACAGCGAGUGGAUCAAGGUUGAUGAGGAAUGAUUUGAUUAUUUGUUGCAUUUGGCAUGGACUGGUCUGAUUGGAGUUUUGGCUUUGUUGCAUUCCUGAUAUACCCAACUCGAGAGCAAUCGCAUGACAGAGUAUUCAACACCUUGUCAUCUCCUUUUCGUAGCUUUUCAAUUAUUGAAUUGUCAAGUUCUUCUCGGCAUCUACUCCGGUGGUCUUUUUCACACGAUUAGAUAGCAUACCUGUACUGAGCAACAAGGGCGGCUAUACUCAUGUCUGCCCUUGGAUCACCACAAAUAAAGCAU